AUGAGAUGGCCUCUCUUCUGGGUCUCCGGCAGGCGUCUGGCUCCCCUCCCCCCUCUUGACCGGCGAUGUCAUCCCAGUCUACACGGGCAAUGGCUGUUGCACCAUUCUGGGAUGAAAAUGAUCACCCAGCUGUGGAACACUCUCUGGCAGCAUCCCUCAAGAUGGCCACGUGCGCGACCUACAUACAUGGUUGAGCUGAUCGCAGAGGGGACCAGCCAGCGCCAUUUGACCAUCAUAAUAGCCUGCCCCAGGGCUAUGUCAGCUUACUACACUGGGCAAACCAAGGUACAGGCUACAGUUAACAAGCACAGACAAUGGGGGCAUAAAAAGAGCGGGACCCCACUGGACAAUCCCUGUGCCGUGAAUUCACAGGAACCACCAGACCCUAGCACUGCCAGCCCCGACAUGACAGGCCAGAGGGGCCGAAAUCUCAAGCCACCCACCCAGCACCCAGUCAGAAACAGCCCACCUCAACAGCCUGGACCUGAGACACCACAAUUGCUGCCACAAACGACUGAGACAGUGCAGGGGGACGUUACUGCACCACCUGGGCACGAGAAGAGACUGCCAAGAACCGGAGUGGGAUGA